AUGACAAAAUCAAUUUGGCAAUCUUGGAAAUCGCUUCCAAGACGUGGGAUAACUUUCGCUUUGGUUGGAAGUUAUGUCGCUGAUUCAUUAGAAGAAAAAUAUCCCGAUACGACCGGUAUUUUUAUCAAAAAAAAUGAAGAAGAAACUUCUACCAAAUCCUAA